AUGGCCACCCCUCCGCCGCCAACGCAGCGCGGCGUAUUGGUGGCCAAGGACGCCCGUCGCGCGAUGGCGCAAUCCCGCCCAGCGGGGGGCUCACGCGCGCCCAAUGCACGCUUCCGCAAUUCCGCGGCGUUCGUCGUCCGCUGCGUGCGCCGUUCCCAGAGCGCGGCACCGAGACCACGCCCGGGGCGCCUCCGCAGGGCCCAGGCAGGGCGCGUUGCGUCCGAGCUGGCAGCGCUGGCGGCGGGCGUGGGAGGGACGCGCGCCUGGCGCGACGGGCGACGAGCAGGCUUCGCGUGGGAGCGGCGCGUAUGUCCGUUUGCGGUCGCUAGCGCCGUGUUGUGGACCAGUGGGCUCGCGCAGAGAACUAACGAUGCUGCGAACCCGCUCGUGGGCUCCACGCUCCAAGGAAUCAGGCAAAAAAGCUCCUCGAUGGGCGCAACGCCACCCGCCCACUGGACAGGGUGCACUCCCACUGAACUCGCGGCACAGCAGCCCUCCGCGAACUCUGCUCUGCUCUACUCGGGCCCUACGCGGCUCGUGCAGCGCCUCAAGCGCGCCUCCGCAAGCUCUUCAAUGACCCCACCCAGACGCCCGCCUGCACUCACGUCCGGCUCGGGGCACCCACGUCCAGCAAACUUUCGCUUGAACCCCCGGCCGCUGCUGCUGCUACGAACCACCGCACCCGACUCGCGCCCGCACGCGCCCGCCCGCCUGCCCUCGUCUUCGCCUUCCCCGGCGCUCCCCUACCCUGCACUCGCAUCUUGCAGCAGCUUGUCCCGGGCCCCCCCACCGACCUCGGCGUUCGCCCGAGCGCCCGGGUCGAUCCCGGGACUCACGGCGGCGCCAACGCCCGACGCUGCCAAGCGGAUUUUCCGGGCGCGAUGCCUAAACGGGCAGCCCGUUACGCAAGCCCGAGGACUCGAGUUACGACAGCGGCGCGCGGGGGUCUUCGCCGGCGAGAACAACGUGCGCGAGCUGCGUGCGCACCUCGGUCGGUUCGUGCGCGCCGCGACCGGUGCUGUCGAGCAAACGCGGCGCUCAUGCUUCGCCAGGCGCGCCGCAGGGCCCGCGCGCGCGUCAGAAGCGCUCGCGACAGACGUUGGACAGACACGCGCACAAGCGAGCGUCCGGACGCGCGCGCACCUCGACGGGUCCAACGCGAUGUCUCCUCGCGCCGCACCUCCUCCGCCGUUCUCGCGCGGCGGAGGCGGGCGGCCACGUGUGGCCCCGCAAGCCGCGCCUUUGGUCACGUCGGAGCUCGAGGUGCGUUCGUCCUCCGCCCCUCGCAGCGCGGUCCCACCCCCAGGCCUUGGCGUUCGCGCGCGCGCGCGCCUUGGCGGGCGCACGCCCGCGCCAGCGUGCGCCGAACCCGCGCUGCGCGACUCAGAUCUCAGACCUCGCUGA